AUGCCUGUUCUAGGGCGGGUUAGUCAACUAGUAAGCUGUGAGCAGUUUUACAGUUCAUGCACGUUGUUAUCUGGAUCCAUUAUUAUUGAUAGUUCAUCUGUUGUCUUGAACAAUGGAUCCAGCCAACAGUGGCUGGACAUGUAUCCAUUCCCCGUACAUCCGUCGGCUGCCUGCCCCCUCCCCCUCUUUAUGCUUAGGUGGCUGACCGCCAGCAUGGCAACACUUACAGUAACUAAGUUGGAUACCCACAGGCUGCAACGACUGAUCUUCAAAUCGAGCCUGGAAACUGUUUAUCCAUCUGCCGGUACUACAUCGAUAGAGAUGUGGCUUGCAUGUCUGCCCCUCCGGGUAUGCUGGUCCGGUCUUUCCUGGGUAAUCUACAUGUGUAACACUUUUCCGAGGGUUGAAACGGAAAGGAUUGCUCGGUCGAAAGUUGAUAUGUUCAUCAACAGCGGGAGAUGGCCGAAGGGAAAACGUCGCUGUUUCAUCAAUACUAUUGGUGCUUCAGCUGACAGAGAGGUUGACAGGGCAAUGAAGAAAGAAAAGCAAAAAAGGAGAGAAAAAUUUUUCGUAGUGUUACGCGUUUCCACAUUUCUGGAGCUGAGGUUUGUCUCGAAAUAUCGGGUCAGUAUGGAUAUGUCUUCGGAGUACUAUGGACCGCAUACUCCGUGCGCUGAAUCAAGUAGACGCUUCAACUAUCCAAGCCAGUCGAGCCCCCAAAGAUUUGCAUUGUGCUUAGAACGCUAUAUUUACUUGGGGGACUACCCCAUAUGGAUAGAGGGCGAUGCCCACAGGUGCUUACUUUCCUGA